AUGUCUAUCAGCAACAAAUCCAACACUCAAACCCUUGCUAAAUACCUUGCCCUCGACCAAGGAGGUAAAAUCCAAGCCGAAUACAUUUGGAUCGACGGCGAUGGAGGCCUCCGUGCUAAGACCACUACUCUCGACAAAAAACCCGAUGACGUUUCUGAACUGAAAGAAUGGAAUUUUGAUGGUUCUUCUACCAAUCAAGCUCCUGGUGAUAACUCUGAUGUUUUGCUUCGUCCUGCUGCUAUAUUUAAGGAUCCUUUCAGGGGUGGCGAUAAUAUUCUUGUUCUUUGUGAAUGUUACAAUAAUGAUGGAACUCCUAAUAGAACCAAUUAUCGUCAUUCGUGUACUAAAAUUAUGCAAACUUAUUGUGAUGCUCAUCCAUGGUUUGGUAUCGAGCAAGAAUAUACCCUCUUUGAUAUGGAAGGCAGUGUUCUUGGCUGGCCUAAGGGAGGGUUCCCAGGUCCUCAGGGUCCUUAUUAUUGUUCUAUCGGUGCUAACGUAGCUUUCGGCCGUGAUAUUGUUGAAGCUCACUACCGCGCUUGUCUUUAUGCCGGUGUUAAAAUUUCUGGUGUCAACGCAGAAGUCAUGCCUGGCCCAUGUGAAGGGAUCGAUAUGGGUGACCAUCUUUGGAUGGCAAGAUUUCUGCUGAAGCGUGUUGCCGAAGAUUUCGGCGCCGUGGUAUCUUUCCAUCCUAAACCAAUAAAAGGCGACUGGAAUGGAGCAGGUUGUCACACGAAUUAUUCAACACAGGCUAUGCGUGAAGAAGGUGGCAUUAAAGCAAUACAUGAUGCUAUUGAUAAAAUGGCAACAAGACAUGCUGAACAUAUAGCUGUUUAUGGUGAAGAUAAUGAACAACGUCUAACGGGUCGUCAUGAGACGGGGCAUAUAUCUCAAUUCUCAUAUGGUGUUGCAAAUCGUGGCGCUUCAAUUCGUAUACCGCGACAUGUUGCUGCUGAAGGGAAAGGGUAUCUGGAAGAUCGACGUCCGGCAUCAAAUAUUGAUCCGUAUCGUGUCACUCAUGUGAUUGUCGAAUCCACCCUGGCCUAG